AGAAAGAGGGUGUAAGAGAGGGAGAGAGGGAGAGGGAGAAGGAGAGUGAGAGAGUGAGGGAGAGAGAUAGAGAUAUAGAGAGAGAGCGAGAGUGAGGGAGCUGUCGUUGACAAGCCAUGCAUCAGUGUACUGAGGGUGCAGGGGAGACUUGCUGCUCCAACUGAUUGACGGGGCAAUGCACGCUGCCAGAUUAGCGGCUGAAGACAGCUCAGGAGCUGAUUGGUUGGUGUGAAAUCCUCCUGGUUUUGUGGGCAAGGCUGUGGGGCCGGACUCUGGCUGCAGAGAGCGAGGAGGGAAGGAGGGAGGGAGCAGCUAAAUACUGGCCCAUCUGCUGAAUCUGCCAGAGCUGCCUUGGUUGUGUGUGAGUGAGAGGGUGAACGAGUGUGUGUGUGUGUAUGUGUGUGAGUGUGUAUGUGUGUGUGUACAUAAGUGUGUGAGUGUGUGUGUCUGUGUGUAUACACGAGUGUGUGUGUGAGUGUGUGUGUGUGUGAGUGUGUGUGUGUGCCUAUGCAUGUGCAUGUGUGCACACGUGUGUGUGGCGUGCGACACACUCCGUGCACUCCACAAAGCUUGAAACCCUGUGCAGAGCAAGCCCACGAGGCAGACGGACCCGGGCAGGGCUGAGGACCCGGGAGAGGACAUUCCCUGGAGCCUGGCUCUCUGGGAACAGCGGGACCCGCAGACAGCGAGGAGCAAGCGGGCAGCGAGGCCGGUCCUCAGUCCCCCGGCGGGACCCAACGCGCGCGGACCGGCCGUGCUGACCAUGCGGGGCCUCUUCACCACGGCGGUGGCGCUGCUGCUGGCGGGACCCAGCUGGGGGAGCAGCGCGGAGGAGUACGAGUACUACAGCUGGCAGUCUGACCACCUCCAGUCCGGCAGGUUCUACACCAAGCAGCCGCAGUGCGUGGACAUCCCCUCUGACCUCCGCCUCUGCCACAACAUCGGCUACCGCAAGAUGCGGGUGCCCAACCUGCUGGAGCAUGACACCUUGCCCGAGGUCAAACACCAGGCUAGCAGCUGGGUCCCCCUCCUCGCCAAGCAGUGUCACCCCGACACCCAGAUCUUCCUCUGCUCCCUUUUCGCCCCCAUCUGCCUGGACCGCCCCAUCUACCCCUGCCGCUCCCUCUGCCAGGCCGUGAGAGACGGCUGCUCGCCCGUCAUGGGCUCCUUCGGCUUCCCCUGGCCCGACAUGCUGAGGUGCGACCGCUUCCCCCUCGACAACGACCUCUGCGUCUCGCUGCAGUCACAGGGCAACCAGGUCACACAGCCGCCAGUCUCGAAGGUCUGUCCACCAUGUGACAACGAGAUGAAGGCGGACAUCAUCCUUGAGCACUACUGCGCCAGCGAGUUUGCGCUCAAGAUGAAGAUCAAGGAGAUAAAGAAGGAGAAGGGAGAUCGCAAAAUCAUCUCCCAGAGGAGGAAGAAGGUGCUGAAGAUGGGACCCUUAAGGAAGAAGGAUCUCAAGAAGUUGGUUCUGUACAUAAAAAAUGGAGCAAGCUGUCCCUGUAACCAGCUGGACAACCCCAACAGCAACUUCCUCAUCAUGGGACGCAAGUGGGACAACCAAUUUCUCCUCACGGUCAUCCACAGAUGGGACAAGAAGAACAAGGAUUUGAGGCACGCAUUGAAGAUGAUGAAAACCUACCAGUGUCCAACAUAUCAUCACAUCUUUCAAUGACUGCUCUUGUGGAAGUAGUUCAUUUGGGACAGACUCUUAUGCAAAAUCACAAAAAUUGCUUUUAUAGCGUCUUUGUUAAGAAAAAAAAUUACACUUGGUUCUGCCAGCCUUAUCGAAUGAUCUUGUCCAUAUAUAGUAAUUCCUUUAUAAUCUUUCUUGCGCCAAUAACCAGAUGGAAAGUGAAAGCCUCCUUUAAAUGGACGUGAAUGAUGAAUGGAUACUUAAGUUCAAGAUCCGAGAGGUUAAAAAUAAGUCAAAUUUUUGCUCUCUCUAUAUAUAUCUCUCUCUUCCCUCUCCAAAGAUAAUAUGGCUUAGAUAACUUGGCAGCGGGAAGAUCCUUUGACGUGGCAUGUUGGAAUAACAGAGCAGGAUCCUGAGAUGUUUGACGUGAUGCAGAUCAAGUACUCCAGAGGAGAACUGGUUCUAUAGACCUGCUCCAGGCUUAAACCGCAAGGAAACUUGCUACGGUCAGGAGAUGACUCUCCAGGGGGCACAGACUCCCUGGGUUAGGGAAGAAUUGGGUUGAAGAUACACAACCCACGGUUUGAUUGUAAAUGAAAUCAAUUGACAGCGAUGCAUCGCUACCGGCUGCCGACAGAGAUGGAACACCCAAUGUGAUCUUAAGGGUAUAGCUGUUUUGUUGUAGCGUCAUACAAUUUAACGAGGGUUGUUGAUUAUGCAUUAUUUGGGAAUGGGGAUAAUCACCCUGGUCAUCUACUGUGGAUUAAAUGUUUGUAUGUGUUGGAACCACUAAUGUGAAAAGAUGUGACUCUGCUCCUAAGGUGUGGUGACUAGAGAGUGUUACUUUUGAGUCUGUACUUACAUGACACCUUGUAUGUUAGAGCUACCUUACCAACAGUGAUUAUUUUGUUCUUUCUUCUAAAUAUUAUUUUGAUUUGUCUUGUUUGUAUUUUUUAAAUGCCUAUCAAUAUUGCCACAGUCAAGAACCUACUCACAUUAAAGUAAUAAAGAGAAAAUAACCAGAAUUAGCAUGAUGGUACAU